AUGCGUAAUCUAAUAACUUUGAACCAUGGCAGGCUCCAACCGGUAUCCCAGACACACCCAGACUUGGAGCUAUACACCAGUUGUUUCGAUACGUUGUCUGAUAGCAUAACAUGUGUUCUUGGUGCUGCUGAUAUUGGAAUUCUUGAAGUUCAACAAUACAUGAAAGAUGGUACAAUGAAAGUGUUAUCAUCAUUCUACAUCCAAUCCUUCAAUGAUAAGCUUCUUUCGUUCGCCCAUUUUGACGAUAUCAAUCAACUAGUGUUUGUAUUUCAACAGGGUGAUAUCAUCUCAGUGACUUAUGAUCCAACUUCUAUGGACUAUGAAAAAAGUGAAGUUAGUAUUGUGGGGUCGAUUGACCAAGGAAUCGAAGCAGCGGAAUGGUCGCCUGAUCAAGAAACUCUAGCAUUAGUGACAUAUGAACGUCAUGUAGUGUUGUUAAGUAGGCAGUUGGAGCCUAUUGCAGAGACUGCUUUAGAAGUCGAUGACUUGAAAAUCUCAAAGCAUGUUACUGUUGGAUGGGGUAAGAAAGAUACCCAAUUUAGAGGAAAAGGUGCUAGAGCAAUGGAACGUGAAGCACUACAGUCUCUAAAGGCUUCUGGCCUUGUUGGAAACGAGCUCAGAGACCCAACAAUGCCAUAUGCUGUUGAUUCAGGCCACAUCACUGAACUUGACAACCAUCAGAUCAAAAUCUCUUGGAGAGGUGACUGCGAGUACUUCGUUGUGACCACUGUAGAAACCGUGAAAGAUCCUGCCGACGAAAGCAGGGACAUGGAAAGAAGAGCUCUUAGAGUAUACACCCGGGAUGGUCAAUUGGACAGUGCUUCAGAACCAGUAAACUGUAUGACAGAACAUUUAUCCUGGAAGCCCCAAGGGUCAUUAAUUGCCAGUAUCCAAAGGAGGACCGAGAUUCCUGACGAGGAAGGUUUAGAAUUGAUAUUCUUCGAAAGAAAUGGUCUAAGACACGGGGAAUUUGAUCUAAGAUUACCAUCAGAUGAACCAAUCUUGGAUUUGUGUUGGAAUGCAAACAGCGAGAUCUUAACUGUUGUAUUGAUUGAUAGAAUUCAGUUAUGGACAACUAAGAACUACCACUGGUUUUUGAAACAAGAAGUGAACCUAAAUAACAUACAAUUCGCUAAAUGGCACCCAGAGAAGGACUUCACGAUAAUGGUUGGUGAUUCUGAGAAAAUUACAAUCGUUGACUUUGCCUACAAGAUGACUGUGGGACCAACUCUGCAACCAUUUGACAAUGGUACAAGUCUUGUCAUCGAUGGAAAUACAGUCAAUAUUACACCAAUAGGUAUUGCGAACGUUCCACCACCUAUGUAUUUCAGGGAGUUUGAGUGUUCAAACAACGUAUUAGAUGCUGCAUGCAGUGUAUCAAAUGAAGUGUAUGCUGCGAUAACCAAAGAUGAGCUCAUAAUCGCCACUAUAUCAUCGUUGAAGGAAAUGAAAAAGGGAAAGAGUCCAUCUAUAGCAUCGACUUUAAACAAGUCGCAUUUUGGUACGGCUUUUGACGUUCUACGCCAGGUCGCAUUCAUAAAUGAUAGCACCGUUGCUAUCCUUCUCGAUACAGAUAGUCUUUCUAGAAUUGCUCUAAUAGACAUCAGCGAUACUAAUAAUCCAUCUUUGGUAACUAUUAUCGAAACAUUUGAAAAGGUUGUAUUGUUGAAAUCCCAAUUUGAUUACAACUUUGUCGUCUAUGAGUCAAGUGAUGGUAAAAUUACUCAGCUAAGUGCGGAAGGGCAAUUAACUCAAAUAUCCAAGUUUCCCCAGCUCGCAUAUGACUUUAGAGUUAAGAGAGUUGAUUCUGCUGCAGCUGAAAAUGAUUGGGGUAAUGAACAGUCUAAAACUAUUGCAUUUGGUUUGACGAGCACUGGUAAGCUCUUUGCAAAUGACGUCCAGUUGGCUUCUGCAGUGACAUCCAUAGAAAUAACCGACUCUCUUUUGCUAUUCACAACUGCUCAGCAUAACUUACAGUUUGUGCACUUAAACACCACAGAUUUCAAACCGUUACCAAAUGUGGAAGAAAAUACAACCGAUGAGAGAGUUCGUGCGAUUGAACGAGGAUCCAUUCUAGUCAACGUCAUUCCUUCGAAGGCUGCAGUAGUUUUACAGGCAGCUCGUGGUAACUUAGAGACUAUUUAUCCUAGAAUUAUGGUCUUGUCUGGUGUACGUGCAAAUAUUAUUGCCAAAAACUACAAAGAGGCCUUCAUCACAUGCCGUACACAUAGAAUUAAUCUUGAUAUUCUCUACGACUACAACCCAGAAUUAUUCCUUGAAAAUCUAUCACAGUUUAUUGACGAGAUUGACAGAGUUGAUUACCUAGACUUGUUCAUUUCUUGCCUAGAUGAAGAUGAUGUUACUGAAACGAAAUACAAAGAGACCUUGAAUGUCGGGUCAGCAGUUGCAUUUGAGGUCGCACCACCACCUCCUACGGAAAUGCAACUAUAUAUGAAGAAGAAGAUGUUUGAUCCCAAAAAAUCUAAGGUCAACAAAGUUUGCCAAGCUAUUAUAGAAGUUUUACUCAACAACCAAACUUACAGACAGAAAUACCUCCAAUCUAUUAUUACGGCAUAUGCAUGUCAAAAUCCACCUGAUUUAAAAUCUGCAUUACAGCUAAUAAGCUCUUUAGAAUCAGAAGAACAGAAGGAGUCUACUGUAACAUACUUGUGCUUUUUGCAAGACGUCAAUAUCAUUUACAAAGUGGCACUUUCGCUUUAUGAUAUUCAUUUGACCUUAGCUGUUGCUCAAAAAUCUCAAAUGGAUCCAAGAGAAUACCUACCAUUCUUACAAUCUCUAUUAGAUGAAGAACCUCUACGUCGUAAGUUUAUGAUCGACGACUAUUUGAAGAACUAUGAACAAGCUAUUGAACAUUUGGCUGAAAUUGACAAAGCAACAAACACUGUUUCUGAGGAAUUUAUCGAAUAUGUGGAAGAUCACGAGCUUUUCAAAUAUGCUUUGAAUAUAUUCAAAUCUGAACCAGCGAGACAAAACAUCAUAUACCAUAUAUUUGCCAAGAAUCUAUCGUCGAAGCAAAUGUAUGGCGAAGCAGGUAUUAUUCUUGAAAUGUUGGGCGAGUUUAAAGAAGCUUUGGAUGCAUACACCUUAGGUAAAAAGUGGAACGAAGCUAUGUCCAUUGUAUUGAGUCACUUCCCUGAAAAAAAGGUGGAAGUGGCAGAGGAAUUAGUUUCCUCAUUGAGCUUUGACCACAAGUAUGUGGAUGCUGCUCAGAUAGAAAUCCGCUUCUUGAAGAAUAUCAAGGAGGGUAUGUCACUUUUGUGUAAAGCAUAUGACUACGAAGCAGCAACUUUGAUUGCUGUUUGUGAAAACCAUCCUGAAUUGAUUGAAGAAGUUGUCGAUCCAGCAUUAGGCGAUGGUUUUGGUACCAUAGCAGAGCUUUUGGCAGAUUGUAAGGGACAAGUCAAUUCACAAUUGAGAAGACUACGGGAGCUUCGCCAGAAAAAGGCAGAAGACCCAUUCGCAUUCUAUGGAGAGGAGUCUGAGCAUGCAGAUGAUGUGUCAAUUGCCCCAUCAGAGACUUCCACCAAAGAGUCCUUCUUCACCAGAUAUACAGGGAAAACAUCAGGUACAGCAAAGACGGGUGCUUCAAGAAAAACUGCAAAGAACAAGCGUCGUGAAGAACGUAAGCGUGCUCGUGGUAAGAAGGGUACUAUAUAUGAGGAAGAAUAUUUGAUCCAAUCCAUUGGAAGAUUGAUCGACAGGUUGCAUCAAACUCAACCAGAAGCCAUAAAGCUCAUUGAGGGUCUCUUGAGAAGAAAUAUGAGGGAACAAGCGUACCAAAUUCAAAAGAAUUUCAUCGAUCUUGUGGCUAUCUUGAAGGAAAAUGUGAAGGAAAUAUACACCAUCAGUGAAAAGGACAGAGAAAGAUUUGAUGAAGAUGGCCAAUUGUACUACUUACCGGAGAUCCCAGUACCCGAAAUCAAAGAUUUCCCUAAGAGAAAUAUCAUUGACUUCUGA